AAUGAGUAGGAGGUAGUAGCAACCAAGGCAACAGAUACUCACAAGCAGAGCAUUCACACGCUCUGGACAGAGUGAGUCUCAUACACUAACACACAGCUUAACUGGCAGCUGCUGCCACUGCUCCUGAAAAGUAGAGUGUGUGUGUGUGACUACACCCUAAUCACUCCAGGGAGAGGUACAUUGAAAUACUUCCAGAGCUAUUACAAGGAGAGAAUCUGUACAGGAGGGGAGAGAGCGAGAGAACUCAAUUCACUGAACUCAACAGGAGGUGGUUGUUAUUAGGCUACUGGGACUACUUCUUCUUACAACUAGUCACUUGGAUACAUAGCAGCAGCAUUGAUACUUUCUCUCAGCGAGCCAUGGUCGGCAACCUGGGGAUGCUGGACGAGUCCGAGCCACUAUGAGGACGGCUGUGUGGGAAUCAGUAACAACAGGAGUGUGAGUGACUCGCCAGAUAGAGGCAAUGCUUUCCGGGAGGCCCUCCUGUGAAUCUCCCCGAAACACGCAUGACUCCUGCUCCAGGUGGGAAAACUAGGAUGGAACACACACACACUGCUCUGCAAAGAGCCACAGGAACAACUACCUCAGCAGCUGCUCAUUCACAUACAAAGACACGCAUACCACUGUUGCCAUCACCACUCUGACCUGACAGAGGAAGAACACCGGAAGGUUCCGGAAUACAUUUUCCAGGAUGUUUGUGAAUUUCCGGCGGAUCCGCAAGUGCCAGUGCGUGCAGUUGAUGACCACAUGCCUGGUGCUGUCGGUGGUGAUGGUAUGCUGGGAGCAGCUGGACAGUGGCAUGGUGAGCCACAUCAACUCCUACUCUUACCGCUACCUGGUCAACAGCUACACUUUCAUCAACAAGAGCUUCACCAUCCCACGACAGGAGGCCCACAUGUUCAGUAACCACCGCUACCUACUCAACCACCCGUACAAGUGUUCAGAAGAGAAGGACAUUUUACUGCUUCUGCUCAUCAAGUCCUCCCCGGAGAACUUCGAGAGACGGCGAGCCAUACGGUCGACGUGGGGCAACGAGACCUACAUUCGCCAAGACCUGGGGGUGACGGUGAAGGUGAUGUUUGUGCUGGGCCUUCCCAAGCAGCAUGAUACUGCCCAGACGUGGAGGGGGAGGAGCGGAGGCAUCCAGGACAGCCUGGUCGAUGAGGACCGCAGGCAUGGCGACAUGGUCCAGCAGGACUUUGUGGACACGUUCCACAACCUCACCCUCAAGCUUCUGCUACAGUUCCGCUGGGCUCAUUUCUACUGCCCGCAUGCCCGAUUCCUCAUGACGGCUGACAAUGAUAUCUUCGUGCACAUGCCCAACCUGGUGCGCUACCUGCAGGACAUGGACAGGAAGGGCGUGACAGACUUCUGGAUCGGUCAUGUGCACAGAGGCGCGCCACCGAUCCGCCAGAAGGAAAGCAAGUACUACGUCCCGCAAGAGAUGUACCCUUGGGCGUCAUACCCGGACUACACGGCAGGGGCCGGUUACGUCGUCUCAAGAGACGUGGCGGACAAAAUCUACCAGGCCUCAUUGACGCUCAAUGCCUCGCUGUACAUUGACGAUGUCUUCAUGGGCAUCUGUGCCAAUGCCAUGGGCGUGUCGCCACAGGAACACGUGUACUUCUCAGGCGAAGGCAAGGCGCCCUACCACUUGUGCAUCUACGACAAGAUGAUGACAUCGCACGGCCAUGUGGCCGACAUUUAUGAGCUCUGGGAAGCCGCCACAAACCCGGAGGUCAAAAGGGUCACAUCGGGACACUUUGGGAGGUUGUACUGCACGGCAGUGAAACUCACCCUUCUGUGCAGACCCUACUUCUUCAACACCUACCCCUGCAAGGCAGCCUUGUUGUAGUACUGUAAACUUACUUACCUUACUCCAAAACGGAGUGCGGGAUCAUGUUGCUUUCAUCACUCCCAUUAUUUGAAAAGACUGAGGAGGGAAGGGGGGUGGAGAAACGUGUUUUGUGUUAAUGGAGGGAGAAACGCAUGAGUCAUAUCUAUUGCUGUAAAUGUGGGUUUUACAUUAACCAUCUAUCUAUAUGAUUUUACAGUAACUGUCUAUCUAUAUGGUUUUAUAGCAACUGUCUAUCUGUAUGGCCGGCAGUGGUCCAGUUCUUGCUAGCUUUAAGAUGUAUUGAAUAGUCCCACCUCUCUGGGAGGGCAGAGACUGAAUGUGAUGAACAACAGAUGCUUCCCAAGGAGAUACUGUCCAGACAUAACGUUGAAACAUAGGAUUCACAGUGAAUUUCUUCUCCCACUCCCCCAUCUCCUUCCAUUAAACUGAUUGAGAGAAUGUU